ACGUUCGCGCCGCGGUCUGAUUCAAUCGUUUACGUAUUAAAGAACCUUCGAAUGAUUUGUGACGACUAUUUGUGAUUCGUUCUUGUGUGGUUUGUGUUGUGAUAAUUGUGACUGUGAGUUUUCUACGAGGUGUUAGAACAUUCUGGAAGCUGUGACGUCAUGGGAACUCCGUUGUUUUGAUGUGAGCGGGGAAUUAUUUGAAUUUGGAAGUGUUGUGAUGUCUCGGCAUUAGUGAUGAGACUGUUUAUGUGAAGAUGGGAACGUUGUGGUUCGGGGUCUCGUUGCUCAUUUAUUGGAUCUCUGAUGCCAUAGCGCUUCGAGAUGUGCAACUCAUAGCCCCAUCAGCAGUAAAACUUGGUGACACAGUGCUUCUUGGCUGCAAGUGGACUCUAGAAGGAAAUGAGACGUUAUAUAGUGUAAAGUGGUAUAGAGGGCGGCAGGAGUUCUUCAGUUACCUGCCUAAAGAGUAUCCGUUCACAAGGAUCUUUGCACAACCUGGGAUCGAUGUUGAUGUGUCAAGAUCGACAUCCCAGCAAGUGGUGUUACGUCAAGCGACGCGUGCACUCGCCGGCAGAUAUCGCUGUGAAGUGUCGGCCGACGCCCCUUCCUUCCACACACAAGUGCGGUCAGCAUACAUCCAUGUCGUUGAACUAGUUGACGAAGCCACACUGAAGCAUGAAGGUUAUAAACCUUUAGCUCUCUUUGUAUAA